GUUCAAAAUUUGUGUCGGUAAUUGAAGUUUGUUACCAGUCUGCCUGCCCGCCCGUCUUAACUUCGAGCUCUCUUGGGACAAGUGAAGUGCUUCAAGCGGUUCGCAGCCCAGAAUGCACAUCCCAGUCACAUCACGGUUUGAAGGAGGAUAGAAGAUAGAUCCGUGCUGCAGAAUCCACAAUUCACGUCGUCGGUGACAGAUCUUAUACAAUUGAGUCGAUUCGGAUUGAUUUGCUUUCAAUCGUUAUUUGAAUCCAGCGUAAAUGGACGAUGCAAUCGCCGCUCAAGUUCGGACAUCGGCGGAUGAGGUCACCCCGGCGGCUCCGCAGCCUCCUCCUCCUCCUCAUCGCCGGCCAAGGGUGAGGGAGGUGAGCUCGAGGUUUAUGCAGUCGCCGGCAGUCUCAACUCCAGCCCCACCGGAGACCAACUCCAGGCAGCAGCAGCGCUCCAAGUCUGUGCAGAGGCGACGACAGGAUCAGCCGGAGCCCUUUUCUUGCGCCGAUAUGAACGUUCCUGAUUCAAUUCAGAGAUCAGAAACUCAGAUGGGAUUAUCGUAUAGAAGUAAAUCAGCGGUAAUGUCUUUGGUUCAAAGGAAGCAGCAGCAGCAGCGUGCAUGUGCCGUAAAGCUCCUGAAGGAGAACGGGCCAAAAGCGACCCCUUCUUCAAGGCCUGAUACGCCAAUAGUUGGAGCGACGGAAAGGGCGGCGAUGACUUCAUCGAAGUUCAGACACGGCACAGAAAACCUUGCGCGUUCGACUUUCGCCAAUGGAGCAGUCACUGCGGCUGCAAAGCUAUUGCAAUCGAGUGGGAUGUCGUUGUCUGCUCCUCAGCCUUCUAUUCCGGACUCUAAUUCUCGUGACGGAAAAUCCGAUAAUCAGGACUUCACUCCUAAAAUUCCAACAUUCAGUGGCCCGGAUUCAUCUACUAGUACUUCUCCGAUAUCAUCAGUCCUAAACAGCAAGACACGGUCCCUCCCAGAUUUGCGGUCUUCCAUGCCAGAGGUGGACUCGUUAUCUGACCGGUUGUUGGAAGAGCGAAGUUGCGCCAUUGGUGAUGUAACCGGCUGCAAUUCCUCAAAGUUUUCUUCUUCCACAUGCUCCCGAUCUUUGAAUUUGUCAUCGUCAAGUUCUGAACAUUCAUCAAUCUUCCAUACCCUCAAAGCCAGAGAAAAUCGAUCAUUAUUUCUCCACACGCCCUUUACGAGCUAUUCUGCAAAGAUUGGAAACCUUUGUCUGCCUCCACUUCCAGGCUCAAAGUUUGGAGCAGAUCCAAAGAGGGGAAAGAAGGUUUUUAAUCAUCAAGAAGAAGUGCAUUAUCUGAAAUUGCUUCACAACUGUUAUCUGCAAUGGAGGUUUGCAAAUGCAAGAGCAGAGGCAUCCAUGCAUACCCAGAGAAGGGAAACCGAGAAAAAGCUUUAUUCUCUAGGAGUCAAGAUAUCAGAUUUGCGUGAUGUUGUAAAAAGAAAAAGGGUUGAAGUUGCACUGCUGCAUCAAACAGAAACCCUUGACACUCUUCUUGAUGCUCAGAUGCCACAUCUUGAUGAAUGGGAUACUUUGGAGGAGGAGUAUUCAUCUUCAUUAUCGGGAGUCAUUCAUGCUUUGGUCAAUGCCUCACUUCAACUUCCAGUCAGUGGGAAUGUUCAGGUUGAUUUAAAGGCAAUGGGGGAGGCUCUGAAUUCGGCGUUGAACUUGGCAGAAACAAUAGGUUUACAUGUCCAAACCCUUAUCCCAAAGGCUGAAGAAAUGGAUGCUUUGAUGUCAGACCUAGCCAGGGUGAUUGGAGGAGAAAGAGCUCUAAUGGAAGAUUGCAGGCAUCUCUUGUCUAAUGCAUACACGAUACAGGUAGAAGAAUGUAGCUUGAGGGGGCACCUAAUUCAGGUACGCCAAAUCGACCGUGUUCAACCGCAAGAAUAGCCGGAUGAAUUUUUAGCAUAGCAAUUCAUGCAUGUUAUGGAUGCUUUCUCUUCGAAGCAUACAAGUGUGCCAAUGUUCUCUUACAUUUGUGCAUUUAUUCAAACACAUAAUAAUAAUAAUAAUAAUUCUCUGAUCCAUCCAAGGUGUAAUAUUCAUGAAUCAUCGUCUCCUUUCUUCCGAUCUUUGUUUUUCUCAUAUUUGCAAUGUCUUUGGUUGGAGAUCAAGGAUUUAUUUUAUCCGCAUCUCUUGAAGAUCAUCAUCUAUAUGGUCUUUGGUUUGCAGAGAGACCGAGAUGAUCAUGAAAUUUUGUCACAUUUCUACCUUGAUAUAAGAAGUUUACUCUAUAUUCAAUUUCUUUGAAUUUUACAAGGACAAUACCAAAGAAUUAUCAUACUUCAACGUCAAAAAUUAAAUUUUUGAUGCUCUUUCUUCCAAGUUGAGGAUGAAUAACCAAAAAAAAAAAAAUCAUCAUUCUUUAUAACCAUGCAAGAGAGGGUAGGAUUAAUCAGAUUUUUUAUUCACUCUCUAAACCCAAAAUAAAGCAACUCACAUGACUAAACUCUAUGAAUAAUUAAAGUUUCUAAAUUCUAUGAAUAUUUGUAUAUUUUUGGGUGCAUAUAUCACACACCAUCUAUCUACAGACACGUAUUCGACACCUAUAU